AUGGCUGAAUGUAUCCACCCUCUUCUAGGCACCAUUCGUGGCAGGCGGACAGACAAUGUCGUCCAGUUCCUCGGAAUCCCAUACGCAACCAUCAAACAACGCCUGGGGCCCCCGAUUCCCAUCGAGAGUCCCCGAAAUGGGAACGAAUACGUUGUGGAUGCUACUGCAUACGGGCCCGAUCUCGUUGGCGCUGGAUCUUGCACCGACGAGCAGGAUCUCAUCCAGCAUCGAUUGCCAUACGAUCCACUCAUACAGUCGGUACUGGACGUGCUGAGACUGAACAUUACAGUGCCCGUCACGAAGAAAGGAUUGCAGCGGUGGCCCGUGAUGGUGUUUGUGCAUGGAGGCAAUUUUGCAGGAGGGUCGCCGGUCUGGCCCCAGAACGACCUGGCACGCUUCGUCCAAAGAUCCCAGACGCUGGGAAUGCCGCUUAUUGGUGUUAGCAUUAGCUAUCGGGUUGGGCCGGCUGGAUUCUUGACUUCUGAGGAGUUGAGACACCAUGGUUUGACGGGCAACAACGGCUUGCGCGACCAGGCUGCCGCACUUCUGUGGCUGCGUAAUCACCUCGAGGGCUUUUGGGGCGACCCUGACAAUAUCACACUGGUUGGACAAUUUGCCGGUGCCGUAUCUGGAAUGCUGCAUCUGGCCAGUAAUGUACCAUUGUUCAAGAGACUUGCCUGCUUGGGUGGACAGUUCCUCGCGGUACGGCCCCUCCCCGCUGAGGCGCAUGAGGAGAUCUACACAAGGGCAGUGCCCAAGUUGGGCCUGGAGAACCUGUCUCCCUCGGAGCGCGUUAGACGCUUCGAAGGCCUCAGCCGCGAGGAGUUACUCGAUAUUAGCUUCCUGCCCAGCUGUCCGAUUAUCGACGGCAAGGUGUGCACUGCUGCGCCGUCGUUCGCGAGCCUUCGAAACGGUAGUAUACCACGAGACUUGGACAAUGGUUGGUGCUCUGAACUGUUUAUCGGUGACUGUGAGUUUGAGGCCUCAAUUUUAGCUAGAGCCCUGGAUCACCGCAGAGAAACAGUCGUGAUAACCCGCUUCGUCGACAAGUUGAGGGCGGCAAUCCCGGUCACCCAACACCACCUGUUGGACGAGAUUGUCGACGCUUAUGGCCUGGGAAAACAUGUGGAAGAAGGCGAAGAAGAAGGCACGCACGAGAAUAGGGCACGAAACGGCUUCCUCUGCCUGAUCCACGACAUCAUGUUUUAUGCACCGGCCGAAAUAAUAGCCAGCGCCUGGCCCGCCGGCCGCAGCUACCUGUACCACUUCAACGAGCCAAAUCCCUGGCCAGGCCGCUGGCAAGGUCACGCUUCCCACCUGACGGACCUGGCCUUCCUGUGGCAGAACUACGAGGAGGCGCUGGCUCCAGCAUCUCGCCAGGUCAGCCGGCACUUCAGUGCCGACCUCAUCUCCUUCACCAACGGGCGGGCUCCCUGGACGGCGUACCGCGCAGCUGAGAGCAGUCCGCCGAUGGCACGCAUUUAUGGGCCCAGCGACAACGGGUCGGUUGCUGGUGUGGCGGUAGCGCGGUCUGGGGCUUGCGGCAGGCGCCAGUCCAUCUGGAAGUUCAUCGAGGAGAUUGGGGCGGAUCUACUGUAUGAUGUGGUUAUGGGUAGUUUGUUGUGA